CACUCAGACGUUGGCCUUCAGCGGAGGACCAGGAGCAGAGCGGCACUGACUUCGUGGAAGCCGGAGCAGCGUCGACAUGAGCGGACACUUUGAGGACGACAUUCACGAGAGGAAGAGCAGCAAGUCCCCGACGCUGCUUUCCUCUUACUGUAUCGACAGCAUUUUGGGCCGCAGGAGUCCGUGCAAGGUCCGGCUGAUAGAAGCGCAAAGUUUGAGCAGAGGGGAGCCGGACAAACAGGGCGACGGGCCGACGAAAGACGCGCUUUCCCUCGCGGCUGACAUGCACCUGCCCCCUAAACUCCGCCGGCUUUACGGACCCGGAGGGAAGUACCUCCACGAGCACGCGGAGAAGCUCGACAGAGAGCGGCUGCUCCUGGAGCAAGUGAGCGACGGCCUCAAAAUCAACCAGGCGCCGCAGGUGAGCAUCAGCCGCAGCAAGUCCUACCGGGAGAACGCCACUCUCACGCGGGGAGAGGGCGACCAGAGUCCCGGGGAGGAAGGCUCGGAGGACGGCAGCAUUGGACUGGUGGAGCUGGGCCCGCUCAAGUUCGGCGAGGACGCCGGGAAAGAGGAGGAGAGCAACGGAGACGUGGCCGCACUGUCGCCCAAAGACGAGGAGCGGGAGAGUCUGACUGCCGGUGAUGGUGACGUGCGGGACGGGGAGGACAGCGUGUGUCUGUCGGCGGGCAGUGACUCGGAGGAAGGGAUGAUGAAGAGGAAGCAGAGAAGAUACAGGACUACCUUCACCAGCUACCAGCUGGAGGAGCUGGAGAGAGCUUUCCAAAAAACUCACUACCCCGACGUCUUCACCAGAGAAGAGCUCGCCAUGCGGCUGGAUCUGACCGAAGCUCGAGUCCAGGUGUGGUUCCAGAACCGCAGAGCGAAGUGGAGGAAGCGAGAGAAGGCGGGCGUGCAGGCCCAUCCACCGGGCCUGCCCUUCCCCGGCUCUCUGGCAGCAGGCCACCCUCUCAGCCACUACCUGGAGGGAGGACCCUUCCCUCCUCACCCUCACCCAGCGCUGGAGUCGGCCUGGACGGCUGCUGCAGCGGCCGCUGCUGCCUUCCCGGGUCUCGCCCCGCCCCCCCACAACGGCUCAGCCCCGCCGCUUGCCACCCCACUAGGCUUAGGCACUUUCCUGGGCACUGCCAUGUUCCGUCACCCCGCUUUCAUCGGACCCACUUUUGGAAGGCUUUUCUCCAGCAUCGGCCCUCUGACCAGCGCUUCCACGGCCGCAGCUCUGCUUCGUCAGCCCGCUCCUCCCGGAGACGGCCCCCACGCAGGCCCCGUCCUCCCAGACACUUCCUCUCCUUCAUCUUCCUCCGCGGCAGCAGAUCGCCGGGCCUCCAGUAUUGCAGCGCUACGCCUAAAGGCCAAGGAACACUCAGCUCAGCUCACCCAGCUAAACAUCCUGCCCACUGGUGCCGCAGGGAAGGAGGUGUGCUGAACACUCCGCAGCAGAGACGCACCUCCUCGCCCCAUUCCACCACCGAAAUCAUGUCACAGUUCUCCAAGCUGAUGUUCCCGUUCCUGUAUUCCGCCACUACAAAACAGCACGACCAAAUUCAACAGAGCACUGAGAAGCAUUUCAGCAUGUGUGUGGGGCCAAGGCAGUUUUCCCACACAUGGAAACUUCCCAGCUGGUAUUUUAGCACAUUCUAAUGAGACAGACGCCAUGAAGGACUCUCACUGGUUUUGCAACACUAAACUUUUGACAUGAAUGCAUCAAUGGUGCCCAGAAAUGAUGACCCAACCUCGCCUUGAAUCCUCUCCACAUCACGCCAGAACCAAAGGAAACUGUCCAAUGACCUUCCAUAGCACCCUGACGUGUCACCACUGCUCACCUGUCUGCAGUCAGAAACACCAGUGCAUCUCACUUGUAAUGCAACACGUUUAUUUUUUCUAAAAUAUAUGUUGAUAUAUAUAAAUAUAUAUGACGGGUACAAAGCAUUCAGGAGCCUAUAGCAGCCUAAAAGUUCUGUAGAACAAGUCCUACAAACAUUGUUUGGCAACAGGGCUGGUGCGAUAUGGUUGAAUGUCACUUCCUAUGCUUCGAAAGUAGAGGAGAAACUAGGAAGGCAGUGUGAGCCACACCCUUCUCCUGUUCUGGUCUUAGUUUGCAAACUCAUGUUAUUUGAAUUAGCACUUACGCCACAUGAGAUGUGCUCGAUAGAGAGCUGUUGAAAUUUCACGUCAUGCUCACGAGCUGAGCGCUAACAGUUCAAAACUUUACUGUUCUGAUGUGGAUGAAGUCUUUCACAGGCUGAUUACAUAUUUUUAAGUAGAUGCGACAAAAACUCUUGAUCAAUUUCAACUUCACAUGACAGCAGAGUAUUAUAUUCUGUUACCUGGCCACCAUCAGGUCCUUGUUCCCCUGUGACGUCACAUAUGCACUGGUGUUUCUGGUUCAGACAGCAGAGCAGCAGACCAGACGUGUCCACAAAGAUCUGAACGAAACUGUACAUAUUGUGUAAAAUUAACAAAAAAAAUACAAUGAAAAAGAAUGAUUUUCAAAACAAAGGUUGUAUAUUUCAGAAAGCCGUGUUUUGAUCACUUGCACUGGAUGUAGUGUCUAACAUGAAUGUGAGUCCCACCUGUGUUUCUGAAUUAUAAUUACUAGCUUUUUAGAGAAUUAUUUAUGUCAAUACAUUUUCCCAUAAUGAGACACUAAAGACUUUUUUUUUCUUUUUAAGUGAUUGCAAAGUUUUAAUUAUUUCAACAAAAUUGGUAAAACGCUAUUAUUCUAAACUCUUUUACGGCAGGAUGAAAAAAAAACCCAUGUGAAAUAGA